CAACCGUAAUUUAUCGCUUCAUUCAUUAGACCUUUUUAUACAUUUUAUAUCGGGUUUUUCGGUGUUUAUGAAGCGAUAGUGGGAAGUUUAUACAGAGCAUCGUAAUUCCAUUGGGAUAUAAUAGAAUGACAAGCGUAUAGUGAGUAAUACGCGUAUCACCGUCUUACAGCGAUAUAUGUGAUGGGUCAGCCGAAGAUUGAACAGAUUGUCGAACCCAAAGACCACCCGAAAAAGCAGCAAACCUUCAGAAUGAUUCACAGAUAUUGUACAGACAUGAGGAUGCUAUCCACAAAAUGUAUGCAAGAGUAUAAUGUUUAUGAGAACAUUAAUGCAGCAGCAAAAUAUCUGACAACGAAACCUUCCUUAUUAGCAGCCAUAAUCGCUGUAACCUUUGCCGUCGGUCUUCCAGUACUCCUAUUCACUCUUUUCGCAAUAACUACCAUCAUCUGUACAUUUACAGGAUUUAUACUUAUUGAAGGGACAAUAUUGGCAUUCGGAACUGUUGUCUUAUGUGGAGUGCUGCUGUCUACAAUAAUGUCAAUACUGAUGCUCGGAACAUGCCUAGUAAUAGUUUAUUACAUCUGCCUUCAAGUGUGUAGUGUGUUUAAAAAAGUCUAACAGAUUUGUCGUUUGGAGCUUUUACAAUGUCUAAAUGACAUCAAUAAAAUACUUUAUGGACAGAGCAGAAAAAGUAAAAAUUACAUUGUUCGAAUGUUGUGACUGACCUUGGAUCAAAAGUUAAUGAAUCAUUUUUUAAGGACUGAACAUUACUUCAGAAGUUUUAUUCAGUUCUUAGAUAUUCGAAAAUAGUUUGUCAUACUAUUUUGUUCGAACAUAAUAUUUCAUCCGUUUUGAGGACUGACAACAUCCCAUUUUAUUCACAUUUUGUAUCAUUGAUUUUGGAGCUCUAAUCCCUCUGUAUUGCUAGUGGUUCUGAAUUAAAUCUGGUAAUAGGACCUCACUUUCCGUAAAUAUGAAAAAAUGAACCUCGCCUUCGCUAUGAAUAUUUAGCUCUGUCCAAAAGCUCUCUGGAACAAAUUGGCGUCUUGUGCUCCACCUUACUACUUAUUUAUGUGUGAAGAUUAGAGAGUUACAUUGUUUUUGUUAUUACUGUAUUGUGCGGUUUUCAGUUUUUAAUCGCGCAACAGUUUAUUAUUUUCGUUUAUAUAGUAUAUAUAGUGAUAAAAACAGAUCUAAGAAAUUUUUGCAGGUGAACUAUAGUUCCGAGAUAUUAGUUAUCGAUUUGAUUGUUUUAAUUUUACCCACCUGUUAUCGAACUGAUGUAAUAUAUUGUUUGCUUAAUAAUAUGUAUUUUACAUUUUAUAGUACUCUUUUAAUAAACCACACAUUGAACUA